UUUAAAAAAGAUAAAUGUAAAUAAAAAAAAACCCAUUUGUUUAGCAUGCAAAUUUUCUUGUGCGUUUCUUUACAGUUUUUGCUGUUUUGAUCAUUUUUUGUGGCCGCCAUAGUUACGAUUUGUGGAUUAAUUUGUCAACAAUCUACAUGCUCAUCAUCUUUCGUACCUCUUGGCUAUGUCAUGUUUCCAUCUUGAAGACUUCACGCCCUUGUUCUCUUUAUAGACGAAUCCUAACUGCGGCUCGCCAGCUGUUCGAUGAAAGUCCUCAAAGGGACGAGGCUCAUCAUUUUGGUCCAGAAUUUGAAGUUUCUUCUGUUCAUAGCUCGCCGCGUAAUGGGAUUGAGAAAGAAUGGAAAAAUGGCUAUGAUAGAGAACCGGUUAAGCAUGGGAGUGUUAAUGAAACAUUGGAGUCCUUUUGUCGGCUGAACAGACUAGGAAAGAAGCCCACAAAGUACUUGCUAUGCACGGCGCUGAAUGCUUGUGCGAAGACCUUCAAUUUCCGCUUGGGUUUGCAGUUUCAUGCUGGCAUUGUUCAUAUGGGACAUGAAGACAAUUUGAUCUUGAACAGCGCGCUCGUGGAUUUGUAUGCGAAGUGCAAUGCCAUUGUGGAUGCAAGAAGGGUGUUUUAUGGCAUGGAACGGCAUGAUCAAGUUUCGUGGACGUCAAUUAUAUGUGGGUUUUCGAAGAAAGGGCAUCAAAGAGAAGCUAUACUGAUGUUGAAAGAGAUGCUUAGUACCGAAAUUAAACCGAAUAGUUUUACAUAUGUUGGUGUUAUAAGUGCAUGUUCUGAGAUAAAAGACGGGCUUGAACAAGGUUUAUUGCUCCAUGCUCAUGUUAUCAAACUCGGUUUUGGUGGCAACAAUUUUGUGGUCAGCUCUUUGAUUGAUUGUUAUUCGAAAUGGGGCGAAAUAGAUCAAGCUGCAUUGGUGUUUGGCGAGACAACAGAGAGGGACAUUAUACUACUCAGUUCUAUGAUUUCAGGGUAUUCACAGAACUUAUAUGGAGAGGAGGCUCUGAGAUUAUUUGCAGAGAUGAGGAAUAUGAAUUUGAGUCCAAAUGAGCAUGCUUUAACUAGCGUUUUAAAUGCUUGUGGGAACCUCACAGUACUCCAAGAAGGAAGCAAAGUGCACUCUCUGGUCACAAAAAUGGGUUCAGAAAGCAAUGUUUUUGUGGCCAGUACUUUGAUAGAUAUGUAUUCAAAAUGUGGUUGCAUUGAUGAAGCUCGCUGCGUAUUUGAUCAGACAGUUGAAAAGAAUACAAUAAUGUGGACUUCAAUGAUCACGGGUUACGCUCAGAGCGGUAGGGGAUCAGAAGCAUUGGAGCUUUUCGACCAUUUGGCGGCUGAAGAAUGCUUCAAGCCAGACCAUGUUUGCUUUACUGCUGUUUUGACUGCCUGCAACCAUGUUGGAUUCCUUGAAGGAGGAAUAAACUAUUUCAAUAAAAUGAUCAAUGAUUACGGGCUUAUUCCCGAGAUAGAUCAAUAUGCUUGCUUGGUCGACCUUUAUGCAAGAAAUGGGCAUCUGAGAGAGGCAAAGGAGUUAAUGGAGGAAAUGCCUUGUAGUGCAAGUUAUGUAAUGUGGAGUUCCUUCUUGGGUUUUUGCAAGGAGCACGGUGAAGUAGAACUUGGGAGAGAGGCUGCUGAACAUCUCAUCAAGAUGGAGCCGCGUAACGCCGCCCCUUUCAUAACAUUAGCGCACAUUUAUGCAAGAGCUGGUUUGUGGUCUGAAGUAGCCGAGGUUAGGAAUUUGAUGCAACGAAAGACGAUAAAGAAGAAAAGCGUUGGAUGCAGUCGGUGGUUUAAAGGAAUUUGAAAGAGAUUAGAGAUUAAAGAGAAUGUAAAUUAUUUGGUAUGAUUUCAUGGAUUGGCACUGGGUCGGACAUCAAUUUUCUGAAAGUGAGGGACCACAAAAGUAAAUCAAACUGGGAUCUUUUGGCAAAUUACACAAAAUGAAGUUCAUAUUUCUUGGCAGAAGGGUAAGUGAUAGAGUCAGUUAUAGGUAAUUAUUACUCAGUUUAGAGAUAACCAG